CUAAACGCAAAAAAAAAAAAAAAAAAAGCUCAGUGCUUUGAAGCCUUUGGAUAGCGAGGUGAGAUUCCAAAGUCUCCUCCUUUCGAGUCUCUUUGAACACUCUGAGCUUGCGUUCUUGUGUUUCUGGCUUUAAGAUCUACUGAACACUGGGUUAGCAAUGGGGGAAGAAGAUACAAAAGUCACUGUGGAGGCAACAGAAAAUGGGACUGGUUCUCUUCAGAAGACAUCAGAUGCAAUCAGUGGAAAAGAAGUGCAGGAAAAUGCUAGUGGCAAGGAAACACAGGAAGAGAAGAAAUCUGAAGGUACUGGAGCUGAUAAAAUGGAGAUAGAUGAUAAGACUAAGCAACAUGAAGGAAAAAGUGAGACAGAAAAUAAAGAGGCGGAGGUUACAGACAAAGAAAAGAAAGUUGAGAAUGAGAAAUCAGAAGAGAAAGAUGUCAACGGAGACAAGGAACAAGCAGAGAUGGCUAAAUUGGACGAAGACAAGGGACAACCAGAAGCUGAUAAAAUGGAUGAAGACACAGAUGACAAGAAGUUGCAAGCUGAUGAUGGUGUUUCUGGAGGUGCUACUAUGGAAGAUACUGUAAUGAAAGAAAAUGUGGAGUCUGAUGACAAGAAAGAUACAAAAGACACCGAAAAUCAACAGAUGAAGAUAGAUAUUACUGAAGGAGACCUAGAGAAAACUGAGAACGAAUCAAAGGAGGAGAAACUAGAAGGAGGGCAAGUAAAUGGAAAGGAACAAGGGAAUAAGGAAGACAUCAAAGAGGAAGAAAAGUUGGUCGGUGGAGACAAGGGGGACGAUGUCAGUGAGGAUGAAAAUAACAAAGAAGCACCGAAGGAAAAUAAUGAGGACAAACUGGCUGAAGAAGGGAAAGAGGAGGAAACAAAUAAAGAAGAGGAAGCAAAGGAAACAAGCAAAGAAGAGGAAGUGGAGGCAGAAACUGAAGUUGAUGAGCUAAACGUGGAAGACAAAAAAACAGAGAGUAAGGACGAGAAUGAAAAUGAAAUAAAUGACAGGAAGGAUGAGGAUGAAGAUAAAGAAGAAGAGACGAAGGACGAGAAGGAAGAUGAAAAAGAAGAGAGCAUGGAUGAUAAGGAAGAUGAAAAAGAAGAGAGUAAUGAUGAUAAGGAAGACAAAAAUGAAGAUAUCAAGAAGUCUAACAAGCGAGGGAAAGGGAAGACUGAGAAGGCUCGCGGGAAGACAAAGAGUGAGGAAGAAAAGAAGGAUAUCGAACCCAGGACUCCUUUCUCUGAUCGCCCUGUUCGUGAGCGAAAAUCUGUUGAAAGGCUUGUUGCAGUGAUUGAUAAAGAUUCUUCAAGGGAAUUCCAUGUUGAAAAGGGAAAAGGGACACCUCUCAAAGAUAUCCCCAAUGUUGCUUACAGGAUAUCAAGGAAGAAGUCUGAUGAAGUUCUCAAGCAGCUACACAUGCUUCUAUUCAGUGGGAGGAGAGGAAAAGCUACUCAGCUCAAGACGAACAUAUUACGCUUUUCUGGUUACAAAUGGCAAGGAGAUGAGGAAAAGGCAAAAUUGAGAGUAAAAGAGAAGCUUGACAAAACCAACAAAGAAAAAUUGCUGGAGUUUUGCGAAAUUUUCGACAUAUCAGUUGCUAAGGCUACAACAAAGAAGGAAGAUAUUGUUACAAUGCUGGCUGAGUUUUUGGAGAAACCUCAUGCGACAAGUGAUGUUCUCCUUAAUGAGAAAGAGAAGGGAGUGAAGCGCAAAAGAACUCCUAAGAAAAGUUCACCUGCAGCUGGAAGCUCAUCUUCAAAACGAUCAGCAAAGAGCCAAAAAAAGACUCCGGAAGCAACAAGGACUAAGAAAAAGAGUUUACCUCAUUCUGAUGAUGAGUCUGAAGAAGAGAAAGAGGAAGAAGACGAAGAUGAAGAAGAGAAAGAGCAGGAGGUAGAGGAGGAAGAUGAAAAGAAUGAAGAGGAGGAGAAUGAAAAUGGGUUUCCUGACAAAUCUGAGGACGAGGCGCCCCAGCCUUCUGAAAGUGAGGAGAAAGUUGAAUCUGAUGAGGAGUCAGAGGAAGAAACAAAAAAGAAGAAACGUGGUUCUAGGACUCCAUCUAAAAAGAAUGAAUCAUCACGGAAAUCGAGAAGCAAGAAAACUGAAGUCUCUGCGAAAUCCAGUCCACCAAAGAAAGCUACUCAGAAGCGCUCAGCAGGUAAACGGAAAAAGAGUGAUGAAGACAGUGAUACAAGUCCAAAGGCAUCCUCAAAGAGAAAGAAGACUGAAAAACCGGCCAAGGAUCAGUCAUCGGCUCCUUCAAAAUCUGCAUCAAAAGAGAAACCAGGAAAAAGAGGUGGAAAAGGGAAAGAAAUUACCAAGGAGCCUAGUGAUGAAGAGUUGAAAAAUGCAAUUAUUGAUAUCUUGAAAGGUGUGGAUUUCAACACGGCUACAUUCACUGACAUCCUCAAGCGACUAGAUGGGAAGUUCAAAAUCAAUCUCACCUCAAAAAAAUCAUCUAUUAAGCUGAUGAUCCAAGAUGAGCUCACUAAGUUAGCAGAUGAAGCUGAGGAUGAUGAAGGGGAAGAGGAUGCUGAGGAUGAGGAAGAGAAGAAAGUGAAAGAGAAAGCUGGAGGAUCUGGUGGUGGAGAGGAGGUUAAAGCCUGAUCACAAAGCACAUAAAUCUAGCCUAGUUCCUAUUUUAAGCUUCAAGGGGUCUCUCUCCUCCAUUGCCUAUAGUCGUUAGGCAAAUAUAUCAGAGAAUGUAAUUUGUUGGUUGUUUUUUGGUCUUGGAUUGCGCUACAAGCAGGGGGUUUUUUUCUAACUUUUGGUAGAGUCAGAGAGAAGAAGACGAGAAGCUAUAGUUGUUUUCAGAUAAGCAGCUUUGUUUGUGUAUACAAUUAAACAUAAGCGCCUUUAGGAUUCAUGCCCCAUUUAAACACCCUUUUGAUAUUUAGGUUUCCUUUAAAAGACAUUUGUUCAAAUUUCCUUAGAACC